AUGGUGACUAUUUGUCGGUGGGUCGUGGAAGUGGUGAAUGGCCAUUUCAAACGUGACUUCAAGUUAUUCAGACAAGAAUAUUUUAACAAAGCGUUACUGCAUAUGCAAGAUGACUUUCGGAUUGCCGCAGCCAUCACCAAUGCCUUUCACGACCCAAUAACCGAUUGUUCCAAUGCCCACGAAAUUGUUGAGAGAAUAAAUAAUAGACUAAAUGUUGAAAACUUACUAGCAGAAUAUGUUAUUGGCCAAAAUCUUAAUAGUAGAAGAGUGAAUUUUCAAAGUAUGUCUGCCGACUUACCAGAGCUUCAAGAUUUUCCUCGUUUGUCCGAAAACGAUUUAAUUAUGUUCUCACUGGGGACAUAUCAAAUAAAACUAGCCAGAAGUUAUUACGCAGAACACGAUAGAAAUGGUGUUUACACCAUUGAAAUAUUCAAAAGUACCGACGAUUUAAAUAACGCUUUGAUCAAUUAUAAUUGG